AUGGCCUUAACUGUGGGCAGUUCAAUAAUUUCAUUAUCGCCCCUUUCGGCUCUUAACGAAAAGAGUAGGCUAUUUUCACGUAUUCUUGUUAGAUGUGCAGGUUCUGCUGACAAUUCGGUAAUAGUACCUUCCGAGCUAGUUAAAGUCAAAGUUGGUUCUACUAGCAGGAAAGAUAGUGUUGUAGCUUCUUAUAACAACGUUGGGAAAAAGGAAAAUAUUCAAAGCGUUCCAAAAGGGUUGGAACCGUUAUGGGAUGAUGGUUAUGGGACUCAGACAAUGAAGGAUUACACUAAAGUAUCUAUGAAUUUUGUUAAUAACAGUGACGGAGGGCCACCUAGAUGGUUUUGCCCUGUAAUGUGUGGCAUACCUGUAAAGGAUUCACCGCCUCUUUUGUAUUUACCUGGAUUCGAUGGGACUGGAGCUGGCCUUGCCGUACAUGAGAAAGCUCUAGGAAAAGUUUUUCAUGUUCAAUGCUUUCAUAUUCCAUCUUGGGAUCGAACACCAUUGGAAGGUUUGAUUCGGAUUGUAGAAGAAACCAUCAUGAUUGAGCACACUUUGUCCCCUAAUAGGCCAAUCUAUUUGCUUGGAGAUUCUUUUGGUGGAGCCUUAGCACUCGCAGUGGCUGCUCGUAAUCCUACUAUUGACUUAGUACUCAUACUAGCCAACCCAGGGACUUCCUAUGAGAGGUCACAGUACAUGCACCCUGUACAUGGGCUAGUGAGAGCUUUGCCUGAUGAAUAUUAUGUUAUCUUUCGUAUUGUUAUGAGCUGCUUUCUGGGUAAUUAUUUUAGAAUGGAAAUGGUAGAAAUGGAUGAUGUAGAUCCUUGGACAUAUAAUCUUCAGUUAAUUGCCAAACUCUUGGCAGAUGUACCAAUUCAUUUUCUCUUAGCAGAAAUAUUACCAGAUGACACCCUCAAAUGGAGGACGGCUUUAGUUAAAUCAGCUGCUGCGUAUGCUAAUUCUCGGCUCCAUGCAGUUACAGCUCAAGUACUUGUGCUGGCUAGUGGCAAGGAUUGGCUUGUACCAAGUAAAAGUGAGGCCCAGAGACUUUCGAGAUUAUUGAAGAACUGCACCAUACGUGUGUUUGACGAAAACGGGCACUCAAUCCUAAUGGAGAGUGGUGUUAACGUGUUGUCUACUAUUAAAACCACUCAUAUGUAUCGCCGUACUUCAAGACAUGAUAUCCUCAAUGACUUUUUGCCUCCUAAUAUUACAGAGUUCAAACAAUCACCAAUGGAGACUUGGUGGUACCGCCUUGUAAUGGGUGCAACAAUGUUCUCAACGAUGGAGGAUGGGGAGAUAGUGAGAGGUCUUAGUGGGAUCCCAGAUGAAGGCCCUGUAUUACUAGUUGGUAAUCACAUGCUAUGGGGUUUUGAAACUUUACCUUUUGUCUUAGAGUUUUUGCGAGAAAAGAAAGUUGUGCUUCAUGUCUUAACCCACCCAGAAACUUUCGCAUUCAAUGUUGUUAAAGAUGAACAUUAUAUGAUACCAAGUACCGAUAUAUUGAAGCUAUUUGGUGCAAUUCCAGCUUCUGCAAGAAACCUUACAAAACUAUCAACAACAAAGUCAUUCGCUUUAUUUUACCCUGGUGGUGCUCGGGAGGCUUUCCAUCGCAAGGGUGAAACUUACAAGUUAUUUUGGCCCGAUAAACAAGAAUUUGUAAGAAUGGCAGUGAUGUUAGGGGCAACCAUUGUACCAUUUGGAGUUGUGGGGCAAGAUGACAUAGCAGAACUUAUCUUUGAUCAUGAUGAAAUGAAGAGAAUCCCUUUUGUUAAUCAUUUGGUGACUAAAAUGCAUCAAGGGAAAACAAAUGUGAGGAAGGAUAUGGAUGGAGAGAUUGGUAAGCAACAAAACCUUAAUUUUCCUAUCUUUUUGCCAAAGCUACCUGGUCGACUGUACUAUAUGUUUGGGAAGCCGAUAAAGACAAAAGGAAAGGCAUAUAUGUUAAAUGACGAAAAGUAUCUACAAGAGUUAUAUCAACAGAUAAAAUGCGAUGUUGAAAAUAAUAUGGCUUAUUUGUUAAAGAAACGAGAGGAGGAUCCUUGUAGAGGUUUGGUUGAGAGGUUCUUGUGGCUAAAGAUCUACGGAUAUGAUAUUCCAUCGUUCGACCCAUUAGCAUAGAUUCAUCUUCCAUAUGCAUCACAUUUUAUACGGGUGUAAGUUUG